AGUUUUCAAAGAUCAUUGAACAGAUUAUAGCAACGCGAUUAACGAAAUUUUUCAGCAAAUUUAAUGUCAUUUCAAACUGCCAACAUGGCUAUAUGAGAAACAAAAAUACAAAAACUGCCAUUUAUGAACUGACAUUGUCUAUCUUAGAGGCCUUGGAGGGGGAUAAUGUGGCCUUGGGCUUGUUUCUUGAUCUCUCUAAGGCGUUCGAUUGCGUUGAUCAUCAACUACUGUUGGAAAAACUUGAAAGAUCUGGUAUAAGGGAUAAACAACUGAACCUAAAGAAGUUAUUUGAGGCACAGGAAACAGAGAGUUCUUAUUAAUAGAAACAGUGAGAAGUUCACCUCAGAGGACAUCGAAAUAACCAUGGGCAUCCGACAAGGCAGCAUAUUGGGACCCCUGCUUUUUCUAAUCUAUAUUAAUGACCUAGACCUAACACUACCGGAGAACUGUAAACUUGUGAACUUUGCUGACGAUGCUAACAUCUUGAUAAGGUGUAAAAACCUCCAUGACUCACUUGAUUUAUUUAGAUCAGUGCUGGAUGAGAUAUGCAGCUGGUGCCACGAGAACAAGCUAAUCUUGAACAUGCAAAAGACUGUAUGCACCUACUUCUCUACAGAUCGAUCUUCACAGAUCUUCCCGAGCGCUCUAGGAUGUAAAGAUGGUGAUGUUGACGUCAAGGAGGUGGUGUCUUUCUUGGGGGUUGCAGUAGACCAAAACUUGAAAUGGAGAGAACAUGUGGAUCAAUUGGGAAAGAAGUUAAAUUCCGUCAUUUAUACGCUGAAUGUCUUGAAGAGGAUGGUUAAUGAUGAUGUACUGAGGACAAUUUACUAUGCUAAUUUUCAAUCACUGGCGACUUACAGCAUCAUAUUUUGGGGUGGAACUUCAGUCAUGGAUAGAAUGUUCGUGAAGCAGAAAUGGGCCAUAAGAGUGAUAACUGGUAGAAAAUAUCGAGAGAGUUGUAGAUCUGUCUUCAAAAAGAAUGAAAUAUUAACACUUCCAGGUCUAUAUAUAUAUCGAUCAAUGCUGUUCUUUCACAAGCAUAGUGAAUAUUACUCAAGGUACAAAAAUAAGAACAAUACGAGGCGUAUGUAUCAGUGGUUCUUUCCGGUGCACACUAUCUUGUUUUGAGAAGCAUCCAUUAUAUAUGGCAAUAAAGAUUUUUAACGGGCUACCAAGAAGAUUGCAAAUGAUUCAGGAUUAUAGUUUAUUCAAAAGGGAGAUACAUAAACUAUUAAUGAAUUGUGAACCUUAUGAUAUUGGGGAAUUUUUUAGAUUCUGUGGUUAAUUAAAAUAAGUUUGACUUGUUUCAUUUUUGUAACAUGUAUUUGUUUCCAAUUAUUGAAAUAAAAGUAUCUAUCUAUC